UCCAGUAUUUUACUGAUCUUUUUUUUCAAUGAUUUGACUAAUAAGCAAUUUUGAAAUUUUCACCUCUGCAUUUAACUUCCGGUAAAAAUUGUUUUGAUUGCCGACGAAUAAUUUUGAGAAAAGAUUCAAGAUGCUUGUGCCAAUUUUCACCCUCAAUUUCAAGCAUAAAGUAAACCCUCACAUGGUCACUAUUGGAAAGUAUGAUGGAAUACACUGCUCUUUGACAUGUGCUACCACAGCUGGCAAGGUUAUUGUACACAAUCCACACAACAGGAACCAGCCUGGUCGUAGUUCAGACGGCGAUUUAUCUCUCCUUAGUAUCAACCAACAGAUUAGCUCAGUGUGCGCUGGGAAAUUAAAUACAAAUAUACAAAAUGAUGUAUUAGCUGUCGGGACACAAACAAACCUUAUGGUAUAUGAUGUAGAGAAAAAUGCAGAUCUGUUCUAUAAAGAUACCCCAGAUGGUUCUAAUGCAGUUGUUAUAGGAAAACUUGGAGGUAUAUCAUCGUCGAUGGCGAUUGUUGGCGGUAACUGUUCUAUACAGGGAUAUGAUAUGGAGGGAAAUGAAAACUUUUGGACAGUAACUGGUGACAAUGUUUGUUCUUUAACACUUCUAGACUUCACAAGUAAUGGACAAAAUGAGUUGAUAGUAGGCUCGGAGGAUUAUGAUAUACGUGUGUUCAGAGAAGAUGAGAUUAUUGCUGAGAUGACAGAAACAGAGGCAAUCACAUGUUUAUGUCCGAUGGAGACAGCAAAGUUUGGUUAUGCCCUAGCUAAUGGAACAGUUGGUGUAUAUGAAAGAUCCUCUAGAUACUGGAGAAUAAA